AUUUAAAUUUGCAAUGGACAGUGCCAUCUAGGGACAUUCACAAGUCAUAGAAACCAAUAUAAUGUCAUAAAUUCUUAAAUUUUGACUGUAUCACUUCUACAGUUUCAAGAUAUAAUUAGGUUUAUAAAAAUAAAUAUAUAAACGUUAUUACAUCCCACAGAACAGAGAAAACGAAACCAUAACUAACAACCCGGAAGUUACCUACAAUCGCGGGUGAAACGAGAUCAAGGUCACUACCGUUACUAAAUCACGUGGUAUUACAUACAUUAUAAAACGUUCGCGACUAUUUUUCCGGGUCACACUGCCACGUAUUCUCCGUCGUAUCACGUAUGUGAAUUUCUGACAAUAUUGGUGAUUAGCCAAAGGAUCGUAGAAGUAAUUAUUAUUUAUAAUAUUUAAAAUUGCUUGGUAAUAACUCGUUCCGACGCCACGUGAGAUACAUGCCCGUCAGCAUUUAAAUAGAUAAAAGAAUCCGUUAAAAUAAUGUUUUAGUAUAUCAGUAUAAAUACAUGAAAGCGGCAAGUCAAUUGUGCAUCGAGACUUGCAGAUAUCGGCGACAGCGUGUGCUUGGGUUUUUCCGCGGAUAUAGCGGUUGACGGAAACACGUCAGCGAGGUGACGUGAUACGAUUUGUAAGUCUCAGCCUAAAACGUGCUACUCCGCGAUGAAAACAAGGUUACGCUAUGGCGUGCGUAGUCGGUAAAUAAUCCGAUGAGUUUUCGUUUGUAGCUGUUAUAAUAAAAUAUGUACAAAUAUACAAAUAUCAGUAUGGCUGACGGCCACACAAACGUGUCGUGUGUCGGAUUAGAUCGCUCCGCAUUCUAUCAUGUUUCUGAUCGUCUUGCGUUUUUAUCUCCAUUCGGCUUCGGCCGCCGUUUUUCAUUUGACGCCUCGCUCCAGCGCGCAGCGUCCCAAGCGAUCACGCAACCACACGCGACGCCAGCUUCAACCAAAAAGUUCAAACUUUCAAACUUCAAACGUCGCUUGAUAUUUAAAAAUUUUAAAAAGUCUCGGCGGGCCGCAAACCUAUGUAUUGGUGGGCCGCAUGCGGCCCGCGUGUUUGACAUGCCUGCUGUAGAAGAAAGUGAAAAAGAAACCGCAUCUAACCAAGUUCAAUCAGACUCAGAUAGAUCAAAAACAUCAGAAAUAGAAGAAAAAAUUUCAGAUAAAAGAGAGACAGUAUUUUCCUUAGAUUUUUAUGGGAUUUACUAGUUAUUUCCCUCAAUAUUGUCAGCAUUUAAAUAUGUUAUGUGAUAUUUAGGGGAGCAUCUGUCAGUGCUGUAUCUUCGUUAUUAACUUAUUUCUUUUUCAUAGGUAAGUCUUUACUAUUAUGGCAGUUAAUCCGAAAAGAAAGUCGUAUUCACCGAGCUUCAGGGAAGCAGAGACCAGUAGUAAAAAGAAAUCUUUGAAGAGUCGCGAGGAAGAAGAAUUUGCAUAUCUUCUGGAAGGAGAAGAUUUUAACCUCGAAGAGGGUAUACGUGUUCUGUUGCGUUUACAUCUCUCUAUGAAUUCUAAGGUCGACCAACUUAUUUCUAGGAUAGAUUAUGUAUCCGAAUGGCUAAAAAAUUUGGAUGAAGGUUUGGCUGAUUUAGAUAUUAGAUUAGAAACAUUAGAAAAAUUGGCUGAUAAAAACUGUGGUUUAAGUGAUCAAAGUAAUGUUACGAAAAAGUUUAAUGAUAUUACUCGCGAACUUGAUUUUUUGGAUAACCAACGACGAAUAAAUAAUGUUGUCAUUUCUGGUUUGGAGGAGGUUCGGGAUGAAUCUUCACUAGAAACUAAAGAGAAAAUAAUUGAAUUUGCUUCACGUGUUUUACAAAUGCCCGAUAUUAAAAUCGGUAGGGCAAUGAGAGUGGGAAAGAAAAAAGCCAAUUCCCCUAGAUUAAUUAUUUGUACUUUUGUUGAUUAUUAUGAAAAAAUGUACUUUAAGAAACGAGUUCUGGAGUUAAAACCGGAUGGUGUCUAUGUAAAUGAUGACUUCUCUCCUAGAGUGAAAAACAUUAGAUUUAAGCUUCGGGAUUUCGGUAGACAAUCAAAACUUUCUGGAGCGCGAAUGGUAAAAAUAGUUUAUGAUAAAAUUAUUAUUGAUGGAACGAAGUACUUUUACGAUGUUGAUUGUGACCAGGUUAAGCCUGUUUCAUCCUAGCAACUACCGGAUAGGGGUACAUCAUUCCUGAUUUGGAAUUGUGCUGGUUUAUUUAAUAAAACUGAGUUUUUUUGGAAGUAUUUAUUGCAGUAUGAUAUUGUAUUUCUUUCUGAAACCUGGUAUGGUUCUAAUAAUAGAAAUUCGGACUUAACUGAUCGUUUGCAAGGUUACAAUCUCCAUUUUGGAAAGGCUUUUAAGUUACAUGCAAAAGGUCGUUACUGUGCAGGCUGGUUAUUAGCAAUAAGAUCUUCUUUUCCCUGUGUUGUUGUUUAUCAAGAUUCUUUUCUAAUACUUGUCAAAUUUGGUGCCGAACUUGGUAAUAUUUUGGUAUGUUUUGUUUAUUUUAGGGAAAAUGACUGGCAGUCUAUUUUUGAUACUUUAACCCUUUGAUUUUACGACUGGCAUGUGGCAAUGAGAGAUCGGUCUCUUUAAAAAAGAGGCAGAAGACUAAUAGAUUGUUUUGGGACGAAUCUAGAAAGGAGGAAUUAAGGUUGGCUAUGGAGGAAAUAUGUACCACGAAUAAGUUUGAUUUAAUAGAAGACUUAAGUAAUUGCCUUUUCAGUUUGGCCUGUAAGUGUGGAUUUAAUAUCAGGAGACAUAAGAAUUCUUUUUCAUGGUUCGAUUCGGACUGUAGGAUGUUAAUUAGUGCUAGGAAUAGAGCCUGGAGAUUUUUUAGGAAGAGUAAUGAUUCUAAUGAUCGAUUACGUUUUGUUAUGUUACGAAGUUUGGCGAAGCGGUGGUGCAUCGCGAAAAAAAAAUUAUUUGCUGGUAAAAUUCAGAAUCGUUUUAGGAAAGAUAACAGACUUUUUUGGAACUAUUUUUUGGAACUAUUAAGCGUGCCAAGUCUUGUAAUUUCAGCUUUAUUCCUAUUGAUGAUUGGUUUCAUCACUUUUUCAAUUUAUUUGGUUCCUUGGACCCUUAUUUUGCGGAUAUAUCGAUUUUUAAUUAUUGUAGGAAUUGGCAUGAUGAACUUUUAGACCAUGAAUUUUCUAUAAGUGAGCUUAACUUCGCUCUGAGGAGGUAUAAGCCAAAUAAAGCCCCAGGUUUUGACCGGAUCCCAAUGGAAUUCUGGAAUUUUGAGACAUUGAGACCAAAUCUUUUGAGUCUUUUCUCAAAGAUUUUUGAUACUGGGAUAAUACCGGAGUCUUGGAAGACAAGUAUUUUAAUUCCGAUUUUUAAGAAUGGUAGGAAGGAUGUUCCUGGUAAUUAUAGAGGCAUCUGGUUAUCAUCAUGUGUUUCUAAAUUGUUUUGUACUAUUUUGUAUAAAAGACUGACUCGAUGGUUAAAAGUUAAAAAUAUAUUGCAUGAAAAUCAGGCAGGAUUUCGAGCUAGUUAUUCUACACUGGAUAAUAUUUUUGUUUUGUACACUGUUAUUCAGAAAACUUUUUUACGGAAAUGUAGUAAAGUGUAUGCAUUUUUUGUUGAUUUAUCUUCUGCCUUUGAUAGAGUUUGUAGGAAUUUGCUGUGGUUAAAGAUGUCGCGUUAUGGUUUUAGUUAUAAAUUUGUGUCUUUACUCGUUGCUUUGUAUGAAAACUCCUCGCUUAUGGUAAGAGUUGGAGGUAACUGUUCGCCGUUAA